AUUACGAGUUAUGAUCUAGUCACACGGAAUAUCGAGCAUAUUGUUAAGGCUGAUUUUGAUUUCGUCAUUUGCGACGAGAGUCACUACUUGAAAAAUAUGACGGCUAAACGGACCAAGUCUCUUUUACCUGUUUUGAAAGAAAGUAAACGCGCCCUGCUUCUUACUGGAACACCUAUGUUAUCCAGGCCAAUUGAACUCUUUACCCAAAUCAGCGCGAUCCGCCCAGACCUGUUUAAUUCCGAAGAAGAGUUUGGCGAACGUUACUGCUCACCGACAAUGACACCGUGGGGUAAAAAGUAUCUUGGUUUUUCGACAUGUAUAGGUGCACAAAAUCUGGACGAACUCCAUUUGCUCUUGAGAAAGACUGUUUUAGUACGUCGACUCAAAGAUGAAGUUGACGAGAAACUCCCUACCAAGUCCCGCCAAAUUGUGAAAAGAUUGCACGAGAUACAAGAGAAAUUUCUUCAACAAAGAACUGACAAACUUGAUAAGAAGGAUCAAAGUGAAUUAAAUGCUGAAUACCGAAACACAAUGUUUAACUGGAAAAUACCAGUCAUACAGGAGUAUAUCAAGCGCACAAUCGCAACCACUGACAAAAAGAUGAUCAUUUUCGCUUAUCACCAUUCGAUGCUCAUUGCCAUUGAAGCAUGCGUUUCCGAGCAAAAGAUUAGAUAUAUACGCAUUGAUGGAACCACCAACCCGGCGACGCGUCAAAUAUUGUGUGACGACUUCCAAUCGGAUAAAACAGACAUACAAAUUGUCAUAUUAAGCCUUUCCAUCAGUUUCGGAUUGACAUUAAGCGCAGCUGAUAUGGUUUUGUUUGCAGAGCUAUACUGGAAUCCCUCUCAUCUAUUGCAAGCAGAAGAUCGGGCUCAUCGGAUUGGAAGAAUUGGCCCUGUGCACAUUGUGUAUCUUCUCUCC